UUCCUCCUCUGGACAACACGAACUCUCUCGGCCUGAACAAUCUCCAUCUAGAGAGAGAAGAGAGUUAGAGAGAGCAUGGGAAGGCUAAGCUACGACCCACAAAUCCAGCACUUCAGCCACCCCCACACCUUGCAACUCUCCAACCUCCAAAGCAACAACCCCCACCACCACCACCACCACCACCGGCGGCGGCAACAACCAACUGUAUGCUCGGCUUGCCACCACCCGCUAUCCUCGGGCGGCCCGUGGAUCUACUCGUGCCCGCCCUGCGGCUUCGCCGUCCACGCGUCCUGCGCCCAGCUGCCCCCUCUCAUCGCCCACCCUUCCCACCCCAAGCACCCCCUCUCCCUCCUCCCAUCCCCCGCCUACCCCAGCGGCUCCUUCAACUGCGACGCGUGCGGCCGCCGCGCCGCCACCAGCUUCAGCUACCACUGCGGGGAGUGCCACUUCGACCUCCACGUCGGUUGCGCGUCUAAGCCCCUCUCCGUCACGCACCGCCUCCACCCCCACGCCCUCGGCCUCGCGUUCUACCCGCCGUACGUAGCGCGCGGGUUCUCGUGCGACGUGUGCCGUGGUGCCGGGGCGUACCAUUGGCUCUACCGGUGCGGCUUGUGCGAGUUCGACGCGCACUUGGACUGUGCCACAGGUGCAGUCGCACAACCAUCAUCGCCACAGCCGCGGUCGCAGCUACAACACUACAAUUCAGUUCCAGCAGCAACCAAUAGCCAUUGGCAUCAAUACCCUAACCAGACCGCGCCUCCCAUCACGGGACCCACGACUCAACCGGGGCCGCCUAACCACAUCAUGCACUGUUAUAGCAUGGGAGCCGUACCCAACUCUCAGCUGCCGCCGCCGCCGCCGCCUGCAGAGGCCAGAGGAAACAACUCUCUGAUGGGUUCAGCGUGGCAGACCUUCAUCAAUAGCGCUGCCGAUCAGGCGGCACAGACCCUUGUGCAGGAGAUGCUAGGCAGCACUAGCGGCGGGAACAGUAGCGGCAACGAUGGCUCCGGCUAUUGUGGCAAUGGUGGAGGAGGGGAUUCCUCGUCUACGUCCAUUUUGGGCGUCGGGUCGUCGAUCUUGAGCGCCGUGUUUGGAGGGUCUUCAGAUUCUCAGGAUCAGUAAAAAGCAAAUCCAACUUUGCGACUUAGCUAAUCAAAUUUGGUCGCGUACCCGAGGGCGCGUGCGUGAUGGAUUCAAUUUGCAGUGUCUUUCAGUCAAUGUCAACGCUUUUGUGUUUUACAGAAGGGUUCGAGAUUAAAGCUCACGUUCUUCUUUCGCCUGAGAUCCGCCAUGGAUGCUAAUGACCAGGUGGUGGGAGCCAGUGAUGUGUGCAUGGAUGAUGGAUUGAAUUAGUUAACGGUUUGAAGUUGUAAUAGCUUGUAACAUGCAAGGAAAUGAGAAGGAUGGAAAGAAAAAGUCGACUCCUUCGGUGAAAGUCUGUUCAUUUCUGUUUACGCAGUGGAUGAUGAUUUACAUUAAAAAAAUCUGGAAUUGCUUUGAA